GUUUAUGCCGAAAGAUGUGAUUUGAUGAAACCAUUUCCUGUCGAGAUUCAUAGGCUUGGUAACACCGCGUUACAUAUCGCAGUUGAGUGCACUCUUCAACCGAUCAACUCCUUAUUUAACGUAUAUCCAGCCAAUAAUUUACCUUCAGCUAUUCACGCUACUGACGCUCGGGUUAACAGUAGGAUUACUCCGUUAAGUGAAAAUUGGCUUCGCCAAGACUCCAAUAUUUGUCAAGAGCGUGGACAACCUGUCAUGAAAAGCAGCAGCUUAGGCGACUUAAUUGAUGACGAUUCGACGGAUGAAAAAGUUUCUAAUGAAGGCGAGACAGGCCUUGCAAUAACUAUCACUCGGAGGCGACGUUUACUGAGUCAAUCGCAUCUCACGAUUGUCGAGUUCAUUUUACAAAAUACACCACUUAACCAGAUUCAGCAGACUAAUCUCCGCGGCGACACAGUCCUUCAUCACGCUGCACGCCACGGUUGUGUAGAAGCCCUCAAGUUGAUAUUGCAAGCUGGUGGUCUGCCUACACCAAUGCUGUCAUUCACAAAUCACAAUCGACAGACUGCCUUACAGCUUGCUGAAAUGAUGUUGUCACGCCUUACUUCACCUUCAAUCUCAGAUGCCAAACAGCGCCGAGUGCAUCAUAUGAAGGACAGUUCACCUAUUUCCCAGAGUUCUCGAGGAGUCCACGUGCCUCCCAGUAACCGAGAAUCAUUUGCUAGUGAUAAAAAUACACUGACUUUGACCUACAAAGGUGUGAAUCCUUUUGACGAAUCGUCUCCUGGUGUAAAUGAUGGAUUUUUCUCGGGGUCCGCUGCAAACAAAGAUUUUGAGGCUGAAUUAUUGGAUGAAAUGGAUAGAGAUGUAGGGACUAUGUUGUCAGUGCAAGGGGAGGAAGGGGAGAUAAAUGGAGAUGCAGAUGACUAUCGUGCUUGUGUCGGGCUUCUACGCUUGGCAGAAUGUCUUAUGGCUACUUCAACUUCCUUAGUAAAUCCCUCUCAUUCUUCACGUGGUCUCUCUACUUCGGUGGCAACAUCUUCUCCAAAUUUCUUUCUUGGUGUCACUUCAUUGCCUCUUCGUGCGGAUCUCUUACUUUCAACAUUCACACAUGGAAGCGCGGUCUCUUCUACAUCUGGUGUCUCAUCAGGAUCGGGCUUAAGCUUAAAUCCUGGCAUCAGUCAACAGUUUAGACAGGCCUUAUUUGAAGCCGUGGAUCGAUUGGAUGGAGUGGAUUGGGGUCUAAAUACUGCCCCCGGAACUCCAUUUGGGAUAAACUCAAUCAGAGGACAGAAAUCUAUAGUGCCACAAGUGCAUAAUUACGUUCCAGCAACUAGCAGUGUCAUCAACCUUGGCACAGCUGGCAUCACCAGACAGAACGAAACUGUUAUGCCUGCCAGUAGCAUGACAUCCUACAAACGAAGUGAAGCUUCGAGUAAUCAAAUUCAUGCGACAGGAGUGAGUGACAACACUAUGAGACGCCGGCUUUUAGCCAAAGGUAACUCAGUUGCCAUAGACUGGCGUGAGUCGCGGCGAAAAUUUGCUGAGGGACUUGGUAUACGCACGACUCGAAACAAAGCAUCGGAUCAUGCGAUUCAACAGCACCAUCAUAACCAAAAUCAAUUUUCACAUCAUCUGCAGCUUCUUCAACAACAGAUGGCAAAUAAAACAGAAAAUUCGCUUGGAAAGCAAGUUUCUCCGCUUUCGCUAUGUGACUCAUCCACUUCGAACCAUGCUUCACCAGCUUUCAGUUCUGGUCUAAUCACGCUACCACGGAAGAAGGGCCCAGCUCCGAGGCCCCCAAAAGCCAGUCCAAACACUGGGAAUGGUACCUUCCAGGCGCCUUCUGAUAAGCACUCGCCAGGCCACACUUCCCUGGACGCUGAUAGCUCGGGAUUGGGAUUUGAUGAAAGGUCAUCGUCAGCUGGUCCCAUUUCUCGGCUUUUCAGCAGUCAAAGAAUUUCACGACGAUCUGACCUUGGUCUCGGCAUUGGUGUGGAUCUGGAUUUCAAACUUGGGUUUGAUUUUAGCUUCUCUAACUCCCUCUCCGACUCACAAAAUAACAAUGAGAGAGAGGCUUCAUCAUUAGCUAGUUGCCCUCCUCACUUCCGUACCUUAGUGAGUCCUAAUCGACAUGGAACACAACUCUCCAACUAUCUGGUGCGAGCUUUAACAUCUAGCCAUCAUUCAAAGUCAAAUGUAUCAGGAGUGGAUGAUGUUGGCAGAGCUGAUGAAUGUGCAAAUUCUGGCGAUCGAACCAAGUUUUUGGACCAUUUUCGAUUUAGCACUCUGAUACAGACCACAAAUAAUACUAUAAAGGAUGAUCUGCAACUUAUGGAUCCGUGCUCAAGUAUGUGA